AACUGGCACACAAAAAAUGAAAGAUAAUGCCGUUUUCGGCCACCACGUGGCUAAACAAAAUGGGCUCGGACACAUAUCAAUGGGCCAAAUUUUGCCUUCCUGAUCGAUUAUUUUUUUCCUGGUUACAAAAGGCGGGUGUGGGUAUAUUUUUUCAGCGACGCCAUGAAAGUUCGCAAACAGAAACACUCUAAUCUAAGCAAAACACUAAAAACAAACCUUCUUCCUUCCUUAGAUUGCGCCCAUUUAUCCAAAAAAGAAAAGUCACUCGACACUAAAACACAGCAUAUCCCAAACCAAACAAUUUUAUAUAAAAAAAACCAAAAACUCUGUUUCUCUGUUUCUCCUUUUUGCUUUACUUUCCUUCCUUCCCUCUCUCUCAACCUUCCAUUUCCCUGAAAACAACAGCAAAAACGACGAGCAAGACGAAUUGCUCCACAGAAUCUGAAAUGCUUUUCGCGAAACUAGACGAUUCGCCGAUGUUUCGGCAACAGAUACAAUGCAUGGAAGAAAGUGCAGAGCUAUUGAGAGGACGAUGUUUAAAAUUCGUCAAAGGAUCUCGAAAGUACACAGAAGGGCUUGGAGAGGGUUAUGAUGCCGACGUUGCUUUUGCUAGUGCUCUUGAAGCUUUUGGAGGAGGGCAUAAUGAUCCUAUUUGUGUUGCUUUUGGAGGCCCAGUGAUGAGCAAAUUUACAAUUGCUUUGAGAGAAAUUGGGACAUACAAGGAAGUUCUUAGGUCUCAGAUUGAGCACAUUCUAAACGAUCGUUUGCUACAAUUUGUGAGCGUUGACCUACAAGACAUCAAGGAAGCUCGAAAACGUUUUGACAAAGCUUCCCUCGUAUAUGAUCAGGCACGAGAUAAGUUUCUGUCAUUGAAAAAGAGCACAAAGAUGGAUGUAGCUACUACUAUAGAGGAGGAACAACACAAUGCAAGAUCUUCUUUUGAGCAAGCACGUUUUCACUUGGUUAGUGCUCUUUCUAUUGUUGAGGCCAAGAAAAGAUUUGAGUUUCUAGAGGCUGUUAGUGGAACAAUGGAUGCUCACCUUCGAUACUUCAAGCAGGGGUAUGAGCUAUUGCAUCAGCUGGAGCCUUUUAUUAACCAGGUCUUGGCUUAUGCACAACAGUCCAGAGAAUGCUCCAACUAUGAGCAAGCAUCUCUUAAUGAAAGGGUGCAAGAGUACAUGAGGCAGAUUGAUCGAGAAAGUAAGCACUCCUUAAAUGGAGGCCUCAGUUCUCCCAAUGGAGAGUGUUUGCGACCUUUCCCUAGGAGUUCAAAUAAAGUGAUAGAGGCAGCCAUGCAAUCUGCAGCAAAAGGGAAGGUUCAAACCAUUCGACAAGGAUAUUUAUCAAAACGUUCCUCAAAUUUGAGAGGUGAUUGGAAGAGAAGAUUUUUUGUCCUUGAUAGUCGAGGGAUGCUCUACUAUUAUCGCAAACCUUUCAGCUGGGUAUCUACAGGUGGAAGUCAAUCUUCUGUGCAGAGGAGUGUUUCCACUGAAAAUGGCCCUGGGUUGCUGAGUCGAUGGCUUUCUGCUCAUUAUCAUGGUGGAUUGCAUGAUGAAAAAUCUGUUGCACGUCACACUGUAAACCUGUUAACCUCAACAAUAAAGGUUGACGCAGAUCAGUCAGAUUUAAGAUUCUGCUUCAGAAUUAUUUCACCAACGAAAGUUUACACUUUGCAGGCAGAGAAUGCACUGGACCAGAUGGACUGGAUUGAAAAGAUUACUGGAGUGAUUACCUCAUUAUUGAGUUUUCAAGUAGCUGAAGGACAUCUUUCUGCGGGAAAUGCUGAUCGUCUUUCUGUCAGUGAUAGCAGCUCAAUGGUUGAUUCUUCUGACAUUGAUCAGUCAGAGGUUGAUGAUGUCACCAGCAGAAGUCAUUUUCAUUCAUCUAAAAAUUCACAACAGCAGGAAUUUGUUAUGAGAAGUGAGAAGCCGAUUGACAUAUUGAGAAGAGUACCUGGAAAUGACAAAUGUGUUGAUUGUGGUGCACCUGAGCCGGACUGGGCAUCCUUAAACCUUGGUGUUCUCAUGUGCAUUGAAUGUUCAGGUGUUCAUCGUAAUCUUGGUGUACAUGUAUCAAAGGUGAGAUCACUGACGCUUGAUGUCAAAGUGUGGGAACCAUCCGUCUUAAAUUUGUUUCAGUCAAUAGGCAACCUUUAUGCAAACUCAAUUUGGGAGGAGUUACUACAAUCAGGAACUCCUUUUACUGCUGAUGAAAUGCUUAAAGAUUUUUCAGGAUCUGAAAAACAGAAGCUUUUCCAUCUGAGAAAACCAAGUCAUGAUGAUCCUAUUUCUGUUAAGGAGCAUUUUAUUCAUGCAAAGUAUGCAGAAAAAAUAUUUACUCACAAGAUCAAGGACAAACAGAAUCUCCUUUUGGCAGCACAACAAAUGUGGGAAAGUGUCCAUGCCAAUGACAAGAAAGCAGUCUACCGCCAUAUUGUCUGCUCACUGGCUGAUGUCAAUGCCAUCCAUGGGCAAGCAUCAUUUAGUGACACUUCAGACAAGCCCUUUGCAAGCUAUGGAACACCAUUAAAUAAAAAUGAAGAUCAGAACAUAAAGGAUUUUUCUGAUGGAUGUUCUCUGCUUCACCUCGCCUGCAUAACUGCUGACAUUGGCAUGGUAGAGCUACUCCUACAAUAUGGUGCAAAUAUAAAUUCUUCUAAUUCGAAAGGUCAGACGCCACUGCAUCAAUGCAUCAUUAGUCAGAGACCUGUAAUUGCAAAGUUGCUUCUCACAAGGGGCGCAGAUCCACAAGCUGUUGAUACAUCAGGAAAUAAUGCAUUUCAGCUUUUGUCAGAAUCACCCCUUGAUGAUUGUGAGCUGGUUGUUCUUUUAACAAAGUAAACUAUGACUGCUCAAGAUCAGAGAAUCUAGGCAUCCGAAAGCAGAUUGAAGGGAUAUUUUGUAUUGAAUGCUAGAAACCAUAGACUUGGUUCCUUUGUUGUUCCAGCAAUUGGCAAGAUGAUUGGUAGGUCAUGUAUAAUCUUUCACCCCCCACAAGUAUAUAUGAGUUCAGUCUCUGUAUAUAGGUGCCUUCCUUUCAGGUUGCCUCCGUUUUCCCAUCAGAGCUUCUGGUAGGUUGCACUUUUAUAGUUUAUUAUACAGUUGUAUAUAAGUUAUCUGAGAGUUCCAGUAACAAGGGAUCUGAAGACCAGUACUUAGAUUAACAGGACUCUUCUGAAACUUCUGCAUUUAACGAUGCUGCGCAGUGAGGGUAGUUUGGAGGAUAACAUAUAGGUCUCUAUUGGCAUUUCAGCUCAAAGAAUGUACUGAGCAAAACAAUUUAAUUUUCAAAGUAUGAACUAGUUAUGAUAUGCCGUUAUCUUAAACUGCUUAAUGUGUAUUAUUACAACAAAUUGAAAAUCCAAUAUUCUACUGGAAAUUUUUCA